AUGAAAAUCUAUAUUUUGGCACAAGGAGAAGGAGUUUGGGAAGCCGUUGAGAAAGAAUGGAAGAAUCCAGUUGAUGAUAAAGGUAAUCAAAAACCUAAAGCAGAAGGGAAUGAAGAAGAGGGAAGAGAAUAUAAUUACAAUUCAAAAGCAAUGAAUGCCAUCUAUGGAGCGGUAAGUGAAGAUACUUUCAAACUAAUCGCUACCACUGGCAUAGCUAAAAUUGCAUGGGAUAUACUAUGUGAUCAUCAUGAAGGAAAUACUUCUGUUAAGCAAUCCAAGUUGCAAAUGAUACAAACACAGUUUGAGAAUUUAAAAAUGGAAGAAGAUGAGGAUAUCUCACAGUUUAGUGCAGGAGUUUUAGGGAUUGCUGGAGAUGCGUUUAACCUAGACGAACCUAUUCCUGAACCUAGGCUCGUCAAAAAGGUCCUACGUUCCCUACCUGAGAGAUUUAUGAUAAAGGUUACAGCCAUCCAAGAAAACAAAGAUCUAAACACCUACAAACUCAGUGAUCUAAUGGGAAAUCUUCAAACAUAUGAGUUUGAGAUACUGCAAAAAGGGAAAAAUAAUGACAAAGGAAUUGCGCUCCAAUCAAAGCAGAAAAACAGUCCAGAAAUUGAUACUGAAACCAUGGAACAAUCAAUUGCUCUCCUAACAAAGAAUUUCAACAGAGUUCUCAAAAAAUUCAACAAAUUUAGAAGCAAAAGUGCUUCAAUCAAUCAAGGGAACUUCCCAACUGGACAAAAUCAAUCUAUUUCAAAAGGAAGGGAGAGUCUAAAACCUGAAGGAAUUCAGUGCUACGAGUGCAAAGGGUUUGGACACAUCCAGUCAGAAUGUCCAACAUAUUUUAAAAGGAAGAACAAAACAUAUGUGGCAACACUAAGCGAUGACUCAGAUAGUGAAGAAGACACCAACACUAAUUUCGUAGCAUUCACCGCAAAUCAUGAGAAUGACAACGGAAACGAAAAUGAUAUGCAAGAACUGCUAGAGUCAUAUACCCAAUUGUAUGCUAAAUGGGAACAAAUCAUCAAAGUGAAUCUAGAGCUCAUGCAAGAAAAUCAGUUUCUAAAAGGUGAAAAAGAGAGAGAAGAAAAGCGCAUCAAAGAAACUCAAAAUGAAUUAUUAGAAUCUAAAAACAGAGAGGCCAAACUGUUACAAGAAAUCAAGGCACUAGAUGGAAGGCCUAGAUCUCCAAAUCCAGCGUCCAGUGAAAGCCACUCUUCUGAAAAUCCUGAGGUGUCACAACAUCACUUUCAACACCGAAGGAGAAUCAGAUGUUAUUACUGCCACAAAUUGGGACACAUAAAGGCGUGCUGCUUCAAAAGACAAAAUGAUCUCUAUUACAGACAAAACAAUAGAGAUUGGGCAGUACAAAGCAAAAAUAACAGCAAGAAAGUAUGGGUAAGAAAGGAACAAACACAAGUUGUUGCGUAUACCUCAGAAACAAGCCAAGAACAAAGUGUUUGGUAUUUUGACAGCGGAUGUUCAAGACAUAUGACAGGAAAUCCACAUUAUCUUGAGAAUAUCCAGUACAAAAAUGAAGGGCAUGUCACUUUUGGAGAUGGAGGAAAAGGACAGAUUAUCGCAAGUGGUACCUUGAAUGUUCAUGGACUGCCCAGAUUACCAAGAGUCUUUUUGGUACAAGGACUCAAAGCAAACCUUAUCAGUAUAAGUCAACUGUGUGAUGAUGAACUCAAAGUAGAAUUUUCCAAAGAGAAUUGUAAAGUCUACAACCAAAAACAUGAAUGUGUUAUGAUGGGGAAAAGAUCAUCUGAUAAAAGCUACACAUGGGAUGGUGAUCUAACCUGUCAUUAA